AUAGCCCUGUCUUUUUCAGUUGUUUUAGCUGGACAUGCAUUGUUUAACGGCACCUCAGUUCAGACUGUUCAUCGAGGAAUGUCAGUCAAUAUCAGCUGUGACUAUAAACCAUCAAAUGACGAAAGUAAAAGUGAAAGUUUUAUAGUGGAGCUGCAAACUAAAAAUGAAUUGUGCUCGUUUGAGGUAUCAAACCUGCAGAUAAAUGACACAUACAAAUGCGUUAUGACAAUAAAACCUUCUGUGCAUUUGAGGGAAGAAAGAACAUUUGUCCAAGUGAUUGAUAAGGGUAGCGUAACCGUGUCACAUGAAAGAGUAUUGGGUGGAUUUCCUGUGAUGCUUUGCUGCUCUGAGGGGUUUUACCCUUCCGCUCUAGACCAGAUGUGGAUUAGAAAUGGAGAAUUUCAGAACUCCUCUCUCACAUACAGCAUUAACAAAACCAACCCAGAUAGAUCAUUCUCCCUCCAUUCAUACCUGAAUAUAUCUGACUGUGUGAACUACUCGUGUUGGGUAAACCACUCAUCCCUGAGCCAACCAACAAUACUCCACAUGACUCCUACUGAAUGUUAUGAGAAAAGAGACAGAUUUAGAGGUAUUACAAUUUACAUAAAUACACCUGUUCAUUCAGCAUAG